CUCCUGCGAACUUACCACCAUUUUUUGAAUUUUCUCUUCUCUCAACCUUCCUGCUUCUACCAACACUGCCCCAGAAAAAUCUUCCUCAAACAUUCAUUUCAACAUCAAAAUUGAUAUAUGCUGAACUUGACACAAACACCACUCACCCCACACAGCAAACAACAUAUACACUCGCUUUGCAAUUUUCCACACUAAGCCCAUCUUGGGGGUCAGAAGUCUCCAAUACUUUGGCUGUUGAUUGGGCAUUGCAAGUUUGGUCCCUAUUGGGUGGUCCAAGUCUUGAAGAUACAGAGCCAAAUGGUUGUAGAUUUGCUGGGCCUUGGUCCUUCUUUCCAUUCAUCCAAACCCUUUGUGAAUCUCUUAGUCCUGGUAUCGAAAAAUCACUUUCUCCUCCUUAA